AUGCCUGAUGACCUUGAGUCAAGACUGAAGAGCCAUGCCCGGGCCUUCGAAGGACUAAUGUCGUUGAUUCCAGCCAAGGAGUACUACGGGAAAGACGAGAGCAUCACAAGUACGCAAUGGCAAAAGAAGAAGAAGCAAACCACCGAGGAGCGUCAGGCUGCUAAGCGGGCAAAGCUGGAUCCCGCAUCGCACAAAUCUGCCCAGGACGUUCUGGACGAAAAUGCACGCAAGCGAAAGCGCGAAAUCGACGGCGAAGUCGAUGACGAUCUUGUCUCAGAGGCACCCUCUUCGGACCUUGAUAUGGACAUCGUAAAGGAGACACCGCUGGAAGGGAUAAAGAAGCUGAAGAAGCAAAAGACAAAGAAUGACGCCGACACCGCACCUGAAGAGGUUGUAAAGGAAGGCCGAACAUUGACCAAGGCUGAAGUCAAGGCCGAGAAAAAGAAGGAGAAGAAGAAGGAGAAGCAAGCGACCAAAAAACAGCAAGAGGAGAAGCGGAAAGCUUCGCAAGCUGAGUUCAAGGAAGGGCUCACUGCGCCCAAAGAGACGAAGAAACCCCAGUCAAAGACCGUUGAUGAAGAUGAAGACGAAGAGGAAGAUGAUGGCCUUGAAGACCCAGAGGAUCGUAUCGAAGCCCUAGAUGUUAGUGGUCUUGUCGAUGUUGAAGAGGGUCAGUCCACCGCUCCUACCACUACUGCAAAUUCCAAUAUUUCAGCAGCAUCCGAUGCCUCGUCGUCAACCUCCGUUGCCGAAGAAGCGCCCACAAAGGACGCAAAGAAAGAGAAGAAGCCACUUCAGAUUGAUGAGAAAAGUCAAGAAGAGUUCCGCGCACGAUUGAACGCCAAACUCGAAGCAAUGCGCGCAGCUCGUAAGGCCGACGGACCCGACGGACGACCCGCAAAGAACCGUGCUGAGCUCAUUGAAUCCCGGCGGAAGAAGGAGGCGGCCCGCCAGGUUGCAAAGAAAAGCGCCCGCCAGGACGCCAAGGAAGACGAAGCGCGCCAGAAGGCAGAGGAGCAGCUUGCAAGGAUAAGAGGCGGAUCAGGCUCUCCCUCCAUCUUCCCAGCGCGAUCACCCGAGCGUGAGCGCAACUUUAACUUCGGCCGCGUAGCCUGGGAAGACGGGCAGGAGCUCGAAGGUGGCCUGUCCAAGUUCCUCGACUCGCGCAAGAAGAAGGGUAAGUCGGACACCAAGACUGCCCUGGAAGCCGCGCAGAAGAAGCAGGCCCGCAUCAACGGCUUCGACGAGACAAAGCGCAAGGAGAUUCAAGAAAAGGAGCUCUGGCUCAACGCCAAGAAGCGCGCCCAGGGCGAGAAGGUCUUUGACGACGUCAACUUACUUAAGAAGAGCCUGAAGCGCCAGCAGAAACAGAAAGACAAGAGCAAACAGGAGUGGAAGGAGCGCCUUACCAAUGUCACUGAGGGUAAGGAGAAGAGGCAGAAAAAGCGUGAGGAGAACCUCAAGCAGAGGAGAGACAGCAAGGGCGUAAAGGGCAAGAAGAAGGGCGCACCAAAGAAGGGUGGCAAGAAGCCGGCGAAGAGACCGGGCUUCGAGGGGACCUUCAAGGGGAAAUAG